AUGAGAACUUCAUGGGCAGAUUCUGUUGCUAACUCUGCAUCUGAGAAUGCAGCCACUGGUUCCUCUCAAAGUAAUGGCCCGUCUCGACCUACUCGUUCUAGUUAUGUUCCCCCACACCUCCGCAACAGGCCUCCAGUGGAUUCUGUGGCCCCUUCACAAACUGCUCCUUUGCCAGUCAAUGAAUGGUUUGGUUACAGUGCACCUGUUGGUGGGUCGCGUUGGGCUGGUGGCUCUGGUGGUUAUGCUGGGCAUCCAGGAUAUGGUACUGGAAGUCGUAGCGGUGGUGGUUGGAAUGGUAGAAGUGAUGGGAGGGACCGCAGUAGAGAUUUUGAGGUGAACCCAUUUGGUGACGAUGAUGAUGUGGAGCAAACCCCUGAUGAGCAAGGGAACGCAGGCAUUAAUUUUGAUGCCUACGAGGAUAUCCCAGUUGAGACAAGUGGUGAUAAUGUGCCCCCUCCUGUCGGUACAUUUGCAGAGAUAGAUUUGGGGGAGGCAUUGAAUCAAAAUAUUCGGAGGUGUAAGUAUGUGAAACCGACUCCUGUUCAGCGUCAUGCAGUUCCAAUAUCACUUGCCGGGCGCGAUUUGAUGGCUUGUGCUCAGACGGGAUCAGGGAAGACAGCCGCUUUCUGUUUUCCAAUAAUUAGUGGAAUAAUGCGGGGGCAGUUUCUACAGAGACCUCGUGGAGCACGGACUGUGUGUCCACUUGCCCUUAUUCUCUCCCCUACAAGAGAGCUCUCAUGUCAGAUUCAUGAUGAAGCCAAAAAGUUUUCCUAUCAAACUGGUGUCAAGGUGGUAGUAGUUUAUGGAGGAGCGCCAGUCAACCAACAGUUGCGAGAGCUAGAAAGAGGAGUCGACAUUCUUGUGGCUACUCCUGGACGAUUGGUAGAUUUUCUUGAGCGGGCUAGAGUCUCAUUGCAGAUGAUCAGAUAUUUGGCUCUUGAUGAGGCAGAUCGGAUGCUGGAUAUGGGUUUUGAGCCUCAAAUUAGAAAGAUAGUUGAACAAAUGGACAUGCCUCCACCUGGUAUGAGACAGACAAUGCUGUUCAGUGCGACAUUUCCAAAGGAGAUACAGAGACUUGCAUCUGAUUUUCUUUCAAAUUACAUAUUCUUGGCUGUUGGAAGAGUUGGUUCAAGCACCGACUUAAUUGUUCAGAGAGUUGAAUUUGUUCAUGAGUCUGACAAGAGAAGCCAUCUGAUGGACCUUCUUCAUGCGCAGAAGGAAAGUGGAUCUCAUGGCAAGCAAGCUUUGACGUUGGUUUUUGUGGAGACAAAAAAGGGAGCUGACUCAUUGGAACAGUGGCUGUGUAUGAAUGGCUUUCCUGCAACAACUAUUCAUGGUGAUAGAACACAGCAGGAAAGAGAAAUGGCAUUACGCUCAUUUAAGAGUGGAAGGACACCAAUUCUGGUUGCCACAGAUGUGGCAGCACGUGGUCUUGAUAUCCCCCAUGUGGCUCAUGUUGUUAACUUUGAUCUCCCAAACGAUAUUGAUGAUUAUGUUCACCGGAUAGGACGGACAGGGCGAGCUGGAAAAACAGGAUUGGCGACAGCCUUCUUCAACGACAACAAUUUGUCACUGGCAAGGCCACUAGCUGAUCUAAUGCAAGAAGCAAACCAGGAGGUACCGCAAUGGCUCACUCGUUAUGCAUCUCGGGCCUCAUAUGGCGGUGGAAAGAAUCGGAGGUCUGGUGCAGGCCGUUUCGGUGGCCGUGACUUUAGGAAGGAUGGCUCUUUCAAUAGGGGGACGGAUUACUAUGGUGGAGGGAACAAUAGUGGUGGGUAUGGAGUUCCUGGUGGUCAUGGUGGUGGAGGUUAUGGUUCAGGUGUGACCAGUGCUUGGGAUUAGUUGAUUGUACUACUGAAUUCAGUCUAUUGUUCUCACCCAAGUAAAUAAAAAAAAAUUAUCGGAGCUCAAGGAUUGGCUUUUUUCCUUACUGUUCCUAGUUUUUUUCACUGGAGUUUCUGAUGCUGCAAUGUUGUAUUAAGCUCUUAUGGAGAUACGCUUUGGUUAUUGAAUGUGGGGGGCUUAAUGGUGUCCGAGGUUCAGGUGAGCGUCAUGUUGAGCGUGCGGUGGGGUGGGGGAGGAGAUGCGAGAGAUAGAUGAUAGGCUAUUUACGGUUGGGCGUGCCGCAUGGUGAGGUUUUAGACUGUAAAUUACUGACCAAGUGAGGAGAAAGAUCUGCCCAAAAUUAGGUUGCAGGUUAGGUUUUGUCUUGGUGUGGAUACUCAGUGCCUCAAAAAAGCAUAUGUAGGUUUGUUUCUGUUUUGGCAUGUAAAGUUUAAGAAAAUUGUUAGCCUUGUUUCCACCGGUUUGGAAAAUUUGCAAAAGUACGGUUGUAAAUGGCUAAAUGCAUGAAUCAAUUAACUGUCUUAACUA